AUGACCAUCUGGUAACACUGCAUAGCGUUCACAACAAAAUAUACACAAAUUAAGUUGUUUAAGCCGAAUUUUUCGAUUCCUAAGCGACGAGAUGAGCUCAACGCGACCGUUUUGCUUCGUUUGCGGCAAAGAGAAGUCCGUGGGUGUUUUCCAGCUAAUAGAAGGCUGCAUAGUGCCAGGAACCUUUAAGCCGAUCAAGGAUAUACUAAAAUACUUUGAAAAGAUUAUCAACCAGCGACUGGAUCUCUCACCCAACUCGGCUGCCUGUCGAGAUUGCUUGGAGUACCUUUUCAACUAUGACAGACUGGUUCGGAAUCUUAGCCAGGUGCAGCGCCAAAUUGCGGAUGCACUUCUGGGCUGCCGGCAAGUAGAGGGCAAGCCCGAGACCAAACAGCAGGCGACGAAGAGAGCCAGGGUCCAGGUGCCGGCAUUCAAGAUUGUCCAGGCCACGUCCCUAAAGGAGCCGGAAAAGGAUCCGGAUGAGGAGGAAGAAGUCGAUGAAGAGGAAUUCAUGAAAGAGGAGAUGCUGGAUGAGGACUUUCAAUUCAGCGAACCGGACGACAGCAUGCCCUCUUCGGAGGAGGAGUUCUUCACCGAGACCACCGAGAUACCCUGCCAUAUUUGCGGCGAGAUGUUCUCCAGCCAGGAAGUUCUCGACCGGCACAUCAAGGCGGACACGUGCCAAAAGAGCGAGCAUGCCACGUGCAAUGUGUGUGGCCUUAAGGUCAAAGACGACGAAGUCCUGGAUCUGCACAUGAACCUUCACGAAGGCAAGACCGAACUAGAGUGCAGGUACUGCGAAAAGAAGUUUUCUCACAAACGGAACGUCCUGCGUCACAUGGAGGUCCACUGGGACAAGAAGAAAUACCAGUGCGACAAAUGUGGCGAGCGCUUCUCGUUGUCGUGGCUGAUGUACAAUCAUUUAAUGCGCCAUGACGCGGAAGAGAACGCCCUAAUCUGCGAAGUGUGUCACCAACAGUUUAAGACCAAGCGCACCUACAAGCACCAUCUACGCACCCAUCAGACAGAUCGGCCUCGUUAUCCUUGUCCAGACUGCGAGAAAUCCUUUGUCGAUAAGUACACCCUAAAAGUGCACAAGCGAGUGCACCAGCCGGUCGAGAAACCGGAUACGGCGGAGGCCACGGAAUCCACCUCGGCGUUCUUUUAGGGUAGUUCUUUGCUAGUUUAAUCUAAGAAGUCCGGCUUAUGGGUACAUAAGCGCGCGUAUGUAUCAUAAAAUUAAAUCUUAACAAUUAUUACG